AUGUCGGAAUCGAUGGAUCGCGACGAGCGGCGCGAUAGCAAAAUCUCGCUCGAGGAACCGAUCGUGAGGUCCGACACGGCGGGCAGCGGUGCAAUAACCCCCAUGAGCUUGGAGGAGGGUCGCAUGAACGGUGUGGACUUGUCGAAAUUCACGGUGAGCGCUUUCGGCGACGACCUCUUCGAUUCGGUGACGCCGGAAAACAGAAGUCUGCUGUGGAAGCAGGAUCUACGGAUCGUGCCGCUGUCGGCCUUCAUCUACCUCCUCUGCUACCUCGACCGCUCGAACAUCGGGAACGCGCGCAUCAUGAACCUCGACGACGGCAAUGAUCUGGAGUCGGAGUUGAACAUCACCGACGACAAGUACAUCAUCUCGCUGAUGCUGUUUCUGAUCGCAUAUGCGCUGUUCGAGGUCCCGUCGAAUUACUUUCUCAAGGCUGUGUCGCCGAGCAAAUGGAUUGCAUUCUUGAUGAUGAGCUGGGGGGCCGUUACCAUCGGCACCGGAGGUGUCAGGAAUUAUCCCGGGCUCGUGGCUACGCGGUUCUUGCUGGGCGUCUUCGAGGCCGGCUUGUUUCCCGGGCUGGUGUACUACCUCACCUUCUGGUACCGCUCCGACGAGAGGAGUUUGCGCGUGGCGCUCAUCAUGGCGAGUUCGACGUUGGCGGGCGCCUUCGGAGGUGCUAUUGCUUACGAGGGUAUUCCGUCUUGUCUCUCCGCCAUCGCCGUCUACUACUAUCUCCCGGAUUAUCCGGAGACUUCAAGUUGGCUCUCUUCGGAGGAGGCACGUUUGGCAGACCAGCGUCUGGCCUUUAAUGGAUCCAAGGGAAGCUCCGCUUCCAUGACCUGGAAGGAAUCGAAAGCAGUCCUUCGAGAUUGGCGGUUGUACAUUCACUACCUGAUCUACUUCGCCUCCUCCGUGCCUUUCUCCUCGCUGUCUCUCUUCGCGCCCUCGAUCGUCGACGGUCUCGGCUACUCCUCGCUCCAGGCGCAGCUCAUGACGAUUCCACCGUGGGCCGUCUCCUACGUCGUCACCGUCCUCGUCGCCUUCUCCUCCGACCGCUUCAACGCGCGCGCAACGCAUGCAGCGGCAUCGAUGCUCUUCGCCGCCGUCGGCUUCCUCGUAUCCGCGAUCCUCCCACCGGGCAGCUACCUCGCGCGCUACAUAAUGCUGAUCGUCGCAUGCUCGGGCUCCUUCGCCUGCAUCGCGCCACUCCUUGGCUGGAUCACCGGUAACCUGCAUUCGACGUCUGCCGCCGGUCUCGCAAUCGCCCUCAACGUGAGCUUUGGCGCGCCAGGCCAAAUCGUCGGCGUGUGGAUAUACCGCAGCGAAGAACAGGAGCGCGGGUAUCCCACGGGUCACUGGGUCAACGUUGGCAUGCUGCUCCUGGGCUCGAUGUGCGUGCUCGGCCUGCGGUGGUGGUAUAUGCGCGAGAAUGAGAGGAUCCGGAAGGGUAGUGUUGAUAAGCCGCUGUGGAAGCUGUAA